AUGAGCAUCGACGCUGGCGGUCUUGCUCAAAUGACUUAUCAGUCUCCUUUCAACAACUCCAUCGGCGUUUCCGGCCCUGGCUUUGCGUCGCGAGGAAAAGGCUCUCACAUUAAACGUCUCAGUGUAGCUCCCCCUCCGAAGAUUUCAACCAUCGAUGAAACUCAGCAGGCCAAUGUCGGCACAACACCACGGACCAGCCGUGGUCACCUGCUAGCUGGUCUUCGUACUGCCCCCAAAUCUGCUACUGUGCCUCCUCCUACCAAUGGCAUGGGCGUCGAAGGAAGCAGGUACCCCUCUUCGCAGUAUGGCAACCGCGUUCCCCAAACUGCAACUGGCUCGUACUUCCCAAACAAGAGAGCUUCAUACCAUGCAGGCACCUACCCUCAGAAUUACUCCCUCCCCGAACAUGUUUUGGCACCUCCUUCGCUCGACUUUGUCGAUCCAGCAGACCACAUGGACCAAAAUCUUUACGACGAACUGGUAGCAACCAACAAUUACCUGGCCCAACAGCAACGAGCUCUGCAGCAACAACUUCUCAGCGUUACCGCAGCCGCUCAGCAGCUGGGAGGAUUGAACCUCAAUUCUGCCAUGAUGACCAACCCUGGCCAACAAUUUCAGUCGCCCAUCAGUUCACCCAUGAGCAUGUACAGUCAGCAAUUCCAACAAGGUUUGCAACCUGUUGUUCAGCCAGUCCCUGGAAGUCCUGGCGUGUUCGCUGUCUACAACCCAAUGACGGGCCAGUCGAACUUCGUCUUUGACCACUCCAUUCAACAACAGCAAGACAGUUCGUCUGCCCGUCGAAACAAUUCCGUCUCACCACCUCCGGCCAACGCUGGCUACCAACGUCAAUUUGGCGAGCCUCAUCCUCCGCCCGAAAUACGCUCCCGCACUCCUCCGAAGUCCACCCCCUCCCCGCAAAUUGAUGUCGAACCACUACCUCCUCCAUCUGCCAAUGCUUUCCGACGAGGACACAGAAAGAAUGCGUCAUCUGUCAAUAUCAAAACUACGGUUGAGUGGGCAAAGGGAACGGCGUUGAGGUCAGCUGGUGUUCCCCAGACACCCAUGACUGGCACCUUUGGCCCUGGACAAGGACGUGCUGGAGAGCACCCAGUCCGGCAACCAAAGAACCCACCUCAUCUGCAAGAGCUGCAAGACAAGCCAACGUCAAAGCACGAGGGAAGCAAGAAUUUCGCUACUCGGCAACGCCGUCAAGCUGUUCACGACUUGGUUCGUGCAGGCCGGGAGCGCCGGAGCGAUGGUCGCCAGUCGGGUUCUGGAGCUGGCACGCCUGGAAGCGAAAACGAAUUCAAUUUCUCCGUCUCCUCUGACAACGAUUCCGUCCUCGCCGGCAGCACUAGUCUUUCAAGCAAGCCAAGCAUGGGUAGCCUUCGUGCUGCUGCCAGUGGUGUCAUCGGUGGUGAGAGGAAGGAGAUAUCGCGAGAACGUGGUUCAGUUGAUAGCAUUGGAGCCAUAAGUGCUAAGAGCCUGAGCAGCGAUGAGGGUAACUUCAUUGGAGGAUCCAUUGUUGAAGUUGAGCAAUCUGCUAGACGCAACACUCCAUUGUUGGUCCUCAGCAACGCCGAGAAACGAAAGAGCGUUAUUAUGUGA